AUGAGCGAUCUUUCUCGUCUUGUCCUGGAGAGGGCUGUCCUCGCAUAUGCUGACCGCGAAGGUUUCCCCCAACCACAACAUGAUCUCGGACUGGACGUGGUCUCUGUCCGCCCUUCUGGCACAUCGUCAAAAAGCCGCACCGCGCGAGUCGCGUGUAUGGAGGCCUCCUCAGAUGCGGCGAUUGGAGCAGUGUUCGACUCUCUCCAGAGACUCCACGCGGCAAAUCCGGAAGUUGUACCGAAACCACAUAAAUGGGGCAAAUUCUCGGAUGAAAAUAACGGGGCCAAGAGUCAAGAGUCAAGAGUCAAGAGUCAAUGA